AUGGACCAACAAGACUCUGUACGACCGAACGAGAAGGCUCACGAGCAUAUCCAUAACAAUACGCAGAACACCAACAGCUGGCCUCACGAUGCUGAGAAGCAGGCUAAACAGCAACAGGAACAAGAUGCGCCUCCACAGGGAAAGGAAGAUAAGAAGGCCGAAAAGAAGAGUGAUCAGCCUGCAGGAGGUUACGAUGCUACACCCUUACCCUCGCGAUCACCUGGCUAUACCCUGAAGAUCACCAUCCACCGUGCGCACAAUCUGCCCAUGGCCGAUAUCAACACCUUCUCCUCUGACCCCUAUGUGCUUGCUCAGCUCGACUGCGAUGUUCCUAUGCGGCAUAAGGAAGACCCACCACUCCGGUUUCGUACACCUACCGUCCGACAGAACACGGAACCGGAAUGGAACGAGGAGUGGGUUGUCGCAAACGUGCCUUCUUCAGGUUUCAAGCUCAAGCUGCGGUUGUACGACGAGGAUCCGGCAGACAAGGAUGACCGACUCGGCAAUGUGCAUGUACACGUCCCAUCUUUCAACGAAGGCUGGACUGGUCUCAAAGAGCAACCUUACGAGAUCAAGGCGCGCUCGGGUAGUAAACGGGCGUAUAUGAUCCGUGCAGUGGCUGUCUGCCUCCAUCGAUCGAAGCACAUGCGAGGAGACCUGUUUGUCAGUAUCGAAAACCUUGGCCGUACACAGCAAGAUGGUCAGAAUGGACGAUUAUAUACUGUUGGGCCAUGCAGAUGGUUUCGACAUUAUGAUCCAAUGCUUGGUCGUCUGGUCAACAUCAAGGAACCGGACGAGGACGACGAUCAGCCGAAACAGAACGAGGCUCCGAAGCAAGACCAGAAUCAGCAAAGUGGUGAAGGCCAGAGUAAGAAGGACAAGAAAGUGCAAAAGUACAACUUUCAAGCCAACCAGAUCCAACUCGAAGGACCUAUCCCAGCACAGCUCUACCACCGCUUCGUAGAAUUUAAGCCUUUCGUCAAACGCAUGUUCACAUCCACAGGCGUUCAAGGUUUUAUCCUUGGCAAAGCACUACAUCAUCAACAUAACCGCGUCUACAACUUCGAUAAAACAACAGAAUGGGGCCACUACCCGAAUGGCCCAUGCAAAGAGAUGACACAGAAAUUCCUCGACCUCGUCCACUACGACAAAGGUGGCCGAAUCUUCACUUACGUCCUCACACUUGACGCCCUCUGGCGCUUCACCGAGACUGGCAAAGAGUUCGGUAUCGAUAUGUUGAGUAAGCACACAAUGCACAGCGACGUAAGCAUCUACAUAGCCUUCUCAGGAGAGUUCUUCAUUCGUAGAUUGAAGCACGCCCACCGUCCCGAACCACCGGAGCCAGUGGAUGAGACGUCCCAAAACCAUCCACCACAACAUGCAGAGAACCCAAUGCACCCCAACACAGACCUACCCGGUGGUCCUCCUUCCGACGAACCGCCAACUGAUCCAGCACAUUAUCAACUAGUCAUCGACAACGACUCCGGCACAUACCGUCCCAACGCCAAACUUCUACCACUUCUAAAAGACUUCUUCGCACGUUCCCUCCCAGGCCUCCACAUCCAAACCCUAGACUGCCAAAAAGACGAGGAGAAAAUGAAUAAAAUGAAACAAGAACAACGGGAUCGCAAGAAGAAGGAAGGCGAUCACAUCGUUUAUACACAAGGCGACGACAGUUCGUCGGUCUCGAGCUCGGAUAAUGAGGAUCUUGAUCGCAUCGAGGCGGGGGUUGGUGGGAGUGGAGGGUAUGAGCAUCCUGGUGGCAUUGUUGGUCAGGCGGCACGGGAUCAGAAGAGGAAGCAGCAGGCUAAGUGGGAGAAGACGAAGGGGCAGUAUGGUGGGCAUGGGCAUGGGCGGAGUGGGCAUAGUGGCGACGCGAAGGCGGGAGCGGAAGGUAGUGUUUCUGGGGUGGCCGCGAGGGAGGCAGGUGCGAAUGGUGUCUAA